AUGCGGCGGGGGUGGUGGCUCGUCAGAUGGCUGGGGACAGGAAUGGCAAUCCUCUCUUUGCUAACCCACAGCUGGGGCCAGGACACAGAAGACUGGCAGUACGAGGAAUGUAAGCUGUCCCGGCCGGGGCCCCCGGCAACCAUAGUGACCAUUGACGAGGAGAGCCCCAACGGUACAGUUCUGGUGGGAAACAUGCAGAUAAACGGUCGACCCCAAGACCCAGGCCGAACCAUCUCGCUGGUGUUACUGGAAAACUACAACUACUGGGUGAUUCUAGACCCAGCGCGACAGAGGCUCUACCUCAACAGCACCGGACGCGUGCUGGACAGAGAUCCUCCCAACUCCAUCACCACCAUUGUGGUUCAGAUCCAGUGCACCAAUGAGCUGGUCGGUACCAUAAUUUUGCACGAGGUGCGGAUAGUCGUGCGGGACAAGAACGACAACACUCCUCGCUUUCAGCAGCCGCGCUAUUAUGUGGCAGUGAAUGAGCUCACACCAGUCGGAACGACCAUUUUCACUGGCUUUGCAGGAAACAACGGCGCCACCGACAUCGACGACGGCCCCAACGGACACAUCGAAUACAGCAUCCUUUACAACCCCAAUGACCCGGCCUCUAACGGCACAGUGAGUGUCGCUAACACCCUGUCAGGACACAUUACUCUGGCAGAGAGGCUAAACUAUGAGGAGAGAACCCGCUACCUGGUUUUAGUCCAAGCCAAUGACCGCGCCCCUUACCCUCCCAACAGGCAGACGGCGACCACGACGCUGACCGUGGACGUCCUGGACGGAGACGACCUGGGCCCCAUGUUCCUCCCCUGCGUCCUGGUGAACAAUACCCGCGACUGCAACCCCAUCACCUACCACGUCGCUAUCCCAGAAUUCACUGAACCGAGCAAACUCAACCCCCUGAAUGUGACCCCGUCGAUCCGAGCUGUGGACAUGGAUCGAAACAUACAGCCUCCGUCAGACAGACCUGGCAUUCGUUACUUCAUCCUGAUUGGUCAUCCCAACACAUAUCCAAACUACUUCUCCCUGAACAGAACCACUGCAGAGCUGCGCGUUCUUCAGCCAAUCAGCAGGGACGUCUAUCAACGCUUCACACUCAUCAUCAAGGCUGAACAGGACAACGGUCACCCCCUCCCAGCCUACGCUGACCUCAUUAUCGAAAUCCUGGACGAGAACAACCAGGCGCCAUACUUCCAGUUUGCCACCUAUCAGGGCUACGUGAGUGAGUCCUCCCCUGUGGGUACGACUAUCUCCGCCAGUGCCAACCUCACCGCCCCGCUGGGAGUCAUCGCUCUGGAUAAUGACAUUGAGGAGACAAAAGACCCCAUGCUGAAGAUUACCCUGAACGACUACACCACGAUAUUUGGCCUGACCCCAACUGGGCUAAUCCGUUACCUGAGGCUCCUCAAACCUGUGGAUCGGGAGCAGCAGAUGGUCUACACCUUCACGAUGGUGGCAUCAGAUGGCGUCCAGCAGAGUAUCCAAGUAACUGUCAACAUCCUGGUCCUUGAUGCCAAUGACAACACGCCCACGUUCCCCGAGGUCUCCUACAGCGUGGAAGUCUUCACAGACAUGCAGCAGGGGGAGACGGUGCUACAGUUAACAGCCGCAGAUGCUGAUGAGGGACUGAACGGCCUGGUGACCUAUGAGAUACUGGCUGGAGCUCAGGGAGAUUUCAUCAUUAGUAAUCGCACUGGACGUAUCACUGUGGCGCCCGGUGUCACUUUAACCGUGGGUCGAUCGUACGCGCUGACUGUCAAAGCCUCUGACAAUGCGCCAGAGAUCCAGAGAAGGAGCUCCAUAACUACGGUGUACAUUGAGGUCCUGCCACCCAACAACCAGAGCCCCCCGCGCUUCCCCCUCUUCACCUACAGCCUCGAAGUGAGCGAGGCCAUGCGGAUCGGAGCUAUUCUGCUCAACCUGCAGGCCACAGACAGAGAAAAUGACCCCAUCACAUACCGCAUUGUGAGCGGGGAUUCCCAGAAGGUCUUCAACCUCUCUGAAACGAUUGGUCUUCUGCUGCUGGACCAGCCCCUCGACAGAGAGACCACUGAUAAGUACCGUCUGGUCGUUACAGCCUCUGACGGCAACCCUGGCGGGACGUCCACUACGACUGUGAACAUAGUCGUCACUGACGUCAACGAUAAUGACCCCAAGUUCAACCUCACCACCCCCACUAAUUUCACUGUGCUAGAAGAACAAGCCGACUUGUUCAUAGGAGAAGUCACGGCCACGGAUCCAGAUGCAGGGGCUAAUGGCCAGGUGCGCUACCGGAUUGUAAAUCAUCCCGACUUGUUCACGAUCAUGGACAACGGCAGCAUCUACACACGAGUGCCUCUGGAUCGGGAGCUCAGGAGCCAGUACCUCCUGGUGGUGGAGGCGUCGGACGGGGCGGUGGAUCCACGUCGCACCUCCUGGACUCUCUCAAUCCAGGUCAUAGAUAUCGAUGACAACAGCCCUAUGUUUUCCCAGCAAACUUAUGUGGUGAACGUUCCUGAAAACAGCCCGGUGGGAACUGUAGUUCUGAAGCUGAGCGCAGUGGACUCAGACCUCGUCUCCAAUGUCACGUAUCGGAUCAAGACUGAGUCGGCCCGGCAGCUGUUCUCUCUGAACCUCAUCACAGGGGAGUUAGCUGUGCUGCAGACCCUGGAUUUUGAGAACCUGGCAGCUAUGGGCAUGGGGGCUUCUUACACCUUUCAGGUGGAGGCUGUCGACCAAGGAGGGGUCAUGCCCCCAGGGCAGGCCACCGUCACGGUCCGCAUCACGGAUAUGAACGACUUCUCCCCCAUCUUUAUUCAAGACCUGUAUAAGGGCUUGGUGGCCCCCAACGCAGAGAAAGGAACCGUCAUCACAACGGUUUUAGCUGAGGACCAAGACCCCCCUGGCACUCCGGCGAGCUUUGUCCGGUACAGAGUGGACCUGGACCGGUCGCCGUACAGCGGCAGCAUCUUUGAUGUGGAAGAGGUAUCUGGGAGAGUCAUCACUAAGGUCAACCUCAAUGAGCAGCCCAGCGUCACCUUCAAGUUGUUUGUGAUUGCCUUCGAUGACGGGGAGCCGGUGAAGACUAACGGCACGUUGGUGGAAAUCACCGUCCUCCAGCCUUCUCGCAUCCCGAUCUUCACCCAGGAAGAAUACAAGUUCGCUCCAGUAAGUGAGCUGGCUCCAUUUGGCAAACCAGUGGGGACCAUCCUGGCUGCUGCUGUCAAUCAAACCAUCUUCUACUCCAUUGUGGCAGGGAAUGAACAGGGUCAUUUCCAGGUGAACAACAGGACAGGCGUCAUCUCCACAGCUAAGCCCCUGGAUUAUGAAAACGUGACCAGCUAUGUCCUCAGAGUCCAGGCGGACUCGAUGGUGGUCGUCAUGUCAAACCUGCGAGUUCCUUCCAAAACGAACACAGCCAAGGUGUUUAUUGAGGUGCUUGACGAGAACGACCACCCUCCCCUCUUCAGCAGGAAGCUCUACAUAGGCGGCGUGACGGAGGACACCAAGAUCUUCAGCUCCGUGCUCAAGAUUGUGGCCACUGACAAGGACACCGGGAAUUACAGCGCCAUGGCGUACCGCCUGAUUAUCCCGCCCGCGCCGGAGGGCCAGGACAGUUUCGUCAUCGAGACCUACACGGGCAUGGUCAAGUCGGCCAUGAUGUUUCGAAAUAUGCGCAGGUCCUAUUUCAAGUUUGAGGUUAUUGCCACAGACGACUACGGCAUAGGCCUCAGCAGCAGUGCCGAUGUGGUGGUUUCUGUGGUCAACGCGCUGGACAUGCAAGUUGUUGUGUCCACUGUCCCUCCCCAUUUAGUGGAAGAGAAAAAAGAGGAGCUCAUUCGUAUCCUGGAGCGCCACGUCCAGGACCAGAUUCCAGGGGCCAAAGUGAUUGUAGAAGCGAUUGGGCCCCGUCGUCACGGCGACGGCUUUGAGCUGGAGGACUACAGUAAGACGGACCUGAUGGUGUACGCCAUCGACCCGCUCACCAACAGGGCCAUCUCACGCCAGGAGCUCUUCAAAUUUCUCGACGGCAACGUGCUGGACAUCAACAAGGAGUUCCAGCCGCACCUCGGCGAGGGCGGCCGCAUCCUGGAGAUCCGCUCUCCGGACAUCGUGGCCAGUGUGAAGAAGGCAGCUCAGGCCGUGGGCUACACGGAGGGGGCGCUCCUGGCUCUGGCCAUCAUCAUCAUCCUCUGCUGCAUCCCCGCCAUCCUCAUCGUCAUGGUCACCUACAAACAGUUCAAAGAGCGACAGGCAGAAUGUGCCAAAACCGCCCGGAUUCAGAUGGCCCUACCGCCGGGAGGGAAAGCACCUCCUGCGGCUGCUCCCAGCGCCAACCUCUAUGAAGAGCUGGGCGACAGCAGCAUGAGGCGAGGCUACGGACGACAGCAACAGCAACUGCUGAGGCCAUCUCUGCUGAGACCUGAGGAACUCUCCAUGGAGUCAGGUAUCGACCCGGGCCAGGACUACUACACACAGGACUACUAUAAUUACGAACAAGGAUACGACCUUCCUCAGUUCGGCAGUCGGAGGAGGCUGAUACCGCCCAUGUACGAUGAAUAUGGAGAGGUGAUCAUGGAGGAUGAUGGGUAUUACUACAGUGGCCCGGAGACUGCGAGAAAGAAACGGAUUAAGUUGGUGGUAGAUCGGGAGAAUGAAACCAGCUCCACGGGAGAGGAGAGCACCACAGACACCCAGUGGAACCGACCUCCCAACAGCAACAUCAACGGGAACGUCUACCUCGCACAAAACGGCACCAUCGUCCGAACCCGCAGGCUGCCGCACCCAAACAACCUGAAGGGGGGCUCGCCGUGCCGGCUGGGUAAGCAUUUCAAAAAACUAGACAAGUUAGGCGUGACUCACGAAGAACCUCCGCCUGUUAUAAGCAUCGAGGGUUCGGGAAACAACACAGAAAACGGAACAGGUUCGUGUAGCCCGUCAGAUGUGGAUGUCAACCUCAACACCCGGUCCUCCUGUGGCUCCCUGGGACCCAGCAACAACGAGCUCAAAACCUUUGGGUCCAAAACCAGUAUUGCGAAGGCCUUGAUUGACAGAAACAACAUUGGCCUGUGUGUCAGUGACGAGCAAGAGACGUGUGUUGAUAACCACAAGAGCAGCAGGGAGACACUGGAGUGCCACAGUGACCACACAUUAUCGGACGAGGACGAGUUAUGGAUGGGACCCUGGAACAGCCUGCACAUACCAAUGACAAAACUCUGACUGGCCAUGCAGAGGAUUCAUGCCCUUCUUAUUUUCCUUUUAUCUUUAUCAUACUGAGGUUUUUCUUGUUUUGGAUUAAUAAAGGAUCAUUAAAGAUGAUUGUGUGCCUCAAACUGGAUAAGCUCUAAUCACCAUCCACGACUGGUGAUUGGACUUACAGUCACAUUUUAUUCAUCCACACUGCGUUGAAGCUUUUUUGUCAAGCGUUUAUUACCGACAGGGCUAUAACGGAUUGAAACCUAGAGCUGCAAGGAAAGGAGUGCCUCAAAGAAAUAUGACAUUUUAUCUGAACUGUGCUUAACUGUCAUUUUUUUUGUCAUUCAGAAAAAUGGGCCUCUGCUGUUGAGUGUUUCCAUAUUUUGCUUUGUUUUUAAUUUUUUUCAAACGGAUCAAAAAUAGAUUGUCGUUCGUUUCACCACGAUGUUCAAGGUUCAAUCACCGAGCAAUCCCGAAAGUGGAGAAGAGUUUGUGAUUAUAUAGUCUGUGAUAAAAGUGAACAGAAACUUAUUUUGCUAAUAGCAUUUUACCUGCAAGUGAUUAAGAUUGUCAUUGAAUAUUUUAUGUUGUGAUCACUUGACAAUGUUUUUGAAGAUUUCUGGGAGAAUAUAUGAAAUUAUUUUUGUCUAUUUUGUAUCUAACAGAGAUGGAGAAUCUAACCUAUUAAAUCAAAAACAUAAUACCCACGUGACUGUCAUCGCUGUAUUUCAACAGUGACAUGUGACAGUGUGCUCACAGCGUUUUUAUAUGGACAUUUGUAAUGUGGUAUUUUCAACUGCUUUACAUCGACACAUCAGGAUCCCCGUACACGGGGAAAACGGACUACCAAAAAAAUGUGUGUUACAUUCAACAA